UACACCCAUUAAUGCGGUAGCAACUUGGUGGCUGAGUGUUUACCUGAAUUAACUGAUUUACCAGCUGGUUGAGAGGGUGAUUUAAGUAAAGUGUCCAGUCUGCCUGAAGAUGAUGCAGCCUACUGAGAUGGAAAGGAGCGACUGGGGUUCCAGAGCUGAAGAAAGGAUGUCUGUUAUGAUUCCACGUAACAGUGUCAGCGUCCAUGGGAUCUCCUACACAGUCAGAGAACGUGUUGGACUUUGGUGGGAUAUCCCAUCAUAUCAUAAAAAAUACACACGGCAGAUCCUCAAAGAUGUCUCAUUUCACAUAGAGAGUGGCCAGAUUAUGGCAAUUUUGGGAAAUUCUGGCUCUGGAAAAACAACUCUGCUGGAUGCAAUAUCAGGAAGACUGAGAGAAAAAGAACAUUUCUUUGGUGACGUGUACAUGAAUGGGCAAAAGCUGAAGAAAGAACAAUUUCAGGACUGCUUCUCAUAUGUUCAACAGAAUGAUACUUUGUUAGGUUAUCUCACCAUACAAGAAUCUUUGACUUACACUGCUUUACUCGCACUUCAGAAGCACUCCAGCGACUUCAUUAAAAAGAAGGUAGAUGCUGUUAUGGCUGAGCUGAGUCUCAGCCAUGUUGCUACUAAUGUAAUUGGAAGCCGUAUUUUGGGGGGAAUUUCUGGUGGUGAGAGGCGUCGCAUUUCAAUUGCAGCCCAGCUAUUACAAGAUCCUAAGGUCAUGAUACUCGAUGAACCAACUACAGGACUGGACUGCAUGACUGCAAAUCAGAUUGUCUUGUUGCUUUCGGAACUUGCACGCAAAGACAGAAUUGUGAUUAUUACAAUUCAUCAACCACGGUCAGAACUUUUCAGGUUAUUUGACAAAAUCGCCAUCAUGAGUUUUGGAGAAUUGGUUUUCUGUGGGGCUCCUCCAGAAAUGAUCACAUUUUUUAGUGAUUGCAACUACGCCUGCCCUGAACAAUCAAAUCCUUUUGACUUUUAUGUGGAUCUGACAUCUGUGGACACUCAAAGCAAAGAACGUGAACUGGAAACCUACAGAAGAGUUCACAUAAUUACAUCUGCCUAUAAAAAUUCAGAGAUCUUUCGCAAGACUUUGGAGGCCAUUGACAGAACAAAACGCAUGAAAGACCUGCCAGCAAUACCAUUCAAAAGCAAAGACUCACCCAGUGCAGUCUCCAAACUAUGGAUUCUCUUACGGAGGACAACAAGAAACUUCUCCAGAAAUAAGACUGGCAUCAUCAUGCGUCUUUUUCAGAAUCUGUUAUUUGGCCUGUUUUUAGCACUUUUUCUUCUCAGACUGAAGAAUGAUCUUCUAAAAGGAGCACUGCAAGAUCGCGUAGGGCUCAUUUACCAGUGUGUGAGUGCUCUACCUUACAUAGGAAUGCUCAAUGCUGUUGCCCUGUUUCCUCCAUUACGUGCUGUCAGUGACCAUGAAAGCAAAGAUGGCUUAUAUCAGAAGUGGCAAAUAUUGUUAGCAUACAUACUUCAUUUCCUUCCCUUCAGUAUCAUCAGUGUGGCGAUUUAUAGCACCUUUAUAUACUGGACUGUAGGAAUGAACCCUGAUGUUUCCAGAUUUGGAUGUUUCUUUGCUGUUGUGUUAGUACCUCAUAUAAUUGGUGAGCUACUAACACUUGUUUUGCUUGGUGUGGUUCAAAACCCAAAUGUAGUCAACAGUGCAGUGAUGCUACUUAACGUAGCAGGAGUGCUAGUUGGAAGUGGGCUUGUAAGGCGCACAGCUGAUAUGCCUACACCUUUUAAAGUUCUAAGUUACCUUACGUUCCAAAAAUACAGCAGUGAGGUUCUUGCAGUCAAUGAAUUUUAUGGAUUAAACUUCACAUGUGGUGGCUCCAAUGUUUCUCCUGGAGUUAGUGCAUCAUGUGUUUUCCCUCAGGGCAUUCAAUUCAUUGAGACAACCUUUCCUGAUGCAAUGUCCAGGUUCACAACAGACUUCUUAAUGCUAUAUGCUUUCCUACCCGCACUUGUCAUUCUAGCAAUUGUGAGUUUUAAAAUAAGGGAUAUAAUUAUUGUCAGGCAAUAAAAACAUUAGGAAUUCUAAACUGGCUGUACAGUACUAUAUACCAAACCUUGCGGUAUUUGAAAACAUUAUUUGGGCAAAGUCGUGUCCAGUAUUUUGUUGUCUUUCUAAAUUAUAGUACGUGAGGAGUG